AAUGAAAUUACUUUUAGGAGAAAGGAAUUGAAGUGUGGGUUAAACCGGUCACACCAAUCAUUAAUACCGUCCAUACCUAUGCUAUUGUUUAUUUAAAUCGCAAUGAUUUGGGAACACCUCAUAUUGUAUCGUUGAAACUGUCAUCACUGAUACCAAACCUAUCACCGGAUCCACUGUAUUAUGUGACCGAUUUGUACGAUAAUUCAAAACUGAUCGCCAAAUUGUCUAAUAAUGACAACUUGACUCUCAAAGUCAAUACUUCCGGAAGUGUACGAAUGAUUAAAUUGAGUCCAGUCUUCAACUCAACACUUGAUAAUCAAAACAUUGUUUAAAUCUUUUCAAAAUUCAAAUUAAUUGUAUAACCUAAAUAUGAUAAUGUGAAAUUUAAACAUAUUUUUACUAUUAUACAAAUAUAAUUCUAUAAUUAAAAU